UACUUUGACAGCGGCUGGUGUUUCCUGUGUGGGGGCGAGGCUCGGUGACAGCUGCGGAGCUGCUGUUUGUUUCUGUUCACACGGAGAAAAAAACAAGAUUUAAAAAAGAAGAGUCCAGAAAAAGAAGAAGAGGAGAAACAGGUGAAUCUCUCAGGAGGAAAAAGACUCUUUUUCUUUAAAGCUUCGGGAGAGAAACCAAAAGGAAACCAAACCGGCUGCUGCUGCAGGAUGUGAGAGAACCACAACACAAGAACUCUGUCCUGAAGAACUCGAGGCCACGACGAGAUCUGAGCACGAGCAGGUUUACAGAGCAACAACAAGAGACUCGGCUGCAGACAAACAUGGCCCUGUUCUUCUCCGGAGCCGUUACAAGUUCACCGAUAAAACGAAGGCUGCGUGCCAACGACUCCUGUCAGAGCCUCGACGUCUCUCUCCUCUCCCCCGACUCCUCGUACGUCUGUUACUCCUCGGCGGACGGCGGCGACCCCUGCUGCUGCCGCCGCUCGCCGCGCCUCCUCACCAACGGGUACUACGCCGUCACCGAGGACAGCUUCUCCUGGGACGACGACGGAAACGUGUCGCUGACGCCCUGCAAAACCAACGUGUCCUACAAGGAGAACCUGGUCAGGGUUUUCCGGCGCAGGCGGAGGCCUCGCAGCUCUCUGGCUCGCCUCCUGAGCGACGUCACAGAGAGCUGCCAGUCGUGGCUGGACGAGAAGGUCUUCAGAGGCGUCUUCGGGACGGGACAAAACCAAAUCCGGGACCGGGACCGGGACCUGGACAGAGAAUAUGAGCGAGAUCACGACUGGUUCAGGAGCAGCCAGGAGGGCCCGGCCCCGCUGAACGAGUCCUCCUGGUCUGGACUGGGGAGCACGGAGCUGGAUGAGAGCCGCAGCUUCACGUAUGACCCGACAGAGCUCCCGCCGCCUCCUGACAAAGUGUCUCCGCCACAGACGAUGCUCAUCCAGGAGGAGAUUUGCUCUGAGAUCUGUCAGUCAAAGGAGCAGUUCACACAGUCACUGGGUGGACUCUCUGAAGUCCCGCCCCCCUCACCUUUCUACACCAACACCUGCUGCUGUCCGGCGUCAGCCGGGCACACAGGGUUAACGAUGAAGGCCUUUCUCCUCUUCAUCUUCACCAUCUUCAUCUUCUCGGCUCUUUACUCAGGGUGUCUGUGGUGGAGCACGACUGUAACAUCAGCUGUGUUCAUGAUGAUGACAACGUUCAUGUUCCUGACUAAGUCGGGGCCGAUGGGCGAGUGGAGGAGGGCGAAGACGGAGGAUAUCACAUCAAGAAACGAGUAAAAGACGAGAGUUUGGAACAAACGACAUCAAACUGGAAGAGAGAGAAGAAAAGCUCUGUGGGAACUCAGCAGAAAUAUUUUACAUUUCACCAACUGUUUGCAUGUAAGUUGCACUUAAAGGACCAAGUUAUUCUGAGCUCCGGAAAACAUUUUACAGCAACGUCUGUUUGACUGCAAAACGUCUAUUUACCCACCUCUGAAUGGAAAUCUUUGUGUUUUAUGAGCGGAGAUGCGUCGAGCAGAAGGGCUGCAGUACUGAACGUAAACUCAGCGGAGUCAUUUUUAUAUUUAACCUUUAAAUCUAAAGAGAAAGGCUGGGAAGAUCAGCAUGGUGUUACGUACAUGCUGUGAAACUUCUCAGCUGCUGAAUCAGACAGUUUGUUUCUGGUAAAAUGCUGAAGGAACUCUCUAACAUGGUGACACAAGUUACUGUAGUUUAGUAGCCAUGAAAGAUCAAUAAUAUCCAUAUCAAACACCAAACAUGCAAAUGUACCUGAUGUGUUUUGAAGAGUAUGUGUAUGUGUUAGUCGUUGAACUUGGCUUGUUUGGGCUGUCCAAAGUGACCCAACGUCAGACACUCAGAGUCUGAGAGAAAAUUCAGGUUCAGCAGCAGAAAAGUCUCAGUGAAGUCUGACUUCAAUUAAAAUAAGAGCUGUGACUUUGACUAAAAAAACCAAACGCACAAAACACCUGAAGUUUCUACCUGGAAAUUGUAACUGAAGGAGUGAAGUGCCAUUUUUUUCCUGAGGAAACUGAGUGAGGAGUUUGAUUUCAAAAUGACGUGUCCGUUUUAAGAAAAGACAGGUUUGUUUUUUAUGAAGUCAUGUUGAUGCUGGAACAGCUCGGAGUUCAGAGUGAACUGUAAAUGUCCUGUUUGGGUUCUGGACGUUAAACGAUCAUUUUGUAGUAAAACUCUUCAGCUGUAAAGUGCCUUAAGUGCAGACAUACAGAAUAAUACAGGGACAGGAUUUGAACCUGAGAUGCUGCUGAGACAUUAAACAGACCUGCUCCAGUGUUGGUAGGUGUUUGAUUUAACCUGCGUGCUGCAGCAGACGGGUGGAGUUAGCAUUUUCAAAUACUGUAACUUUGAAAAGUGGCUCUUGUUUAUGUGGUGGUCCUGUUUCCUGUGGGACAGACUCCACCCGGCUGGAAUCACAGGCAGGAGAACUAACACCAUCCUUUAUACGAACUCUGGUAUAAGUCAGGUCUUCAUUCUCUGAGAUAGGGAUUUCUGACGGAGCAAUAAUUUCAGAAAAUAAAGGAAACUGUAUUGGACAGUGAGGUGAGUUUUAAAACCUCCACAGUGAGCUGGAGGAACAUUUAGGAAUCAGGGAGUUUACCGUAGUUUAAAUGAUCCUCUCCUCUGAAGCUCCAUUAAAAUGUAUGGAUCAGUCAGCGCUCUGAGAGACGUUUUCAUCAGGAAAAGAAGUGUUGCAGGAAGCAGGGACUAAUCAAAUGUAAAGAAAAACAAGUACUGUAUGACUUUAUAAGGUUUUGACUUUAUAAAGUUUUUAAAAUUCAAUCAUGUUUGGGCCUCAAACUACGCCAAGACGUUUAGCGAACCUGAUCAAAAAGAGAUGAGCUGUGCUUUGUUUUCAGCACAAUUCAGCUCUUCCUGUGAAAUCUCAAUGUUUUCAUGUGUUUUAGUGCAACAGACUUUGAGCAGAGAGGAUAAGACUUAUCUUUAGUUCUUAGUGAUUGAAUGGACCAGGUUAAAUAACAGUUUUGAUAAUCGUGCCGUGUUUAUGUGAAAAGGGAAUGUGGGAGUUUCUGACUUGUAAACACUGUUCACGUCAACUAGUUGUAAUGUUUCUGUAAUUAGGAAACAGAUUUUCCUGAAGUGAGUCAAACAAACAUGGACGCCUUUCACCAACUGAAGUCCAUCGUUUGUUGUGAUUGGAACUUUUUACCGUCACCACCAACUCUGCCGUGAAUUUUCUGUUGACGUGAACACGUUGGAAACAUGGUCGACUUUUUUCCACGUGAAUGCAGCAUAAGAUCUGGGACAUGAAGGGCUGAGGGCCGGUCACACAGCCACUCGCUAACAUACCAGCAGCCUGGGAACAUAUUAGCAUCUUUAUACUUUAUCUUCUCUCAGUGCGACAAGUUUGGGCUGAAUUUAAUCGAAACCAUUCCACUGAAAUAAAUAGAUUUUGCUGCUGAACUUCACCGGAUUAAACGCUGGAGUGACCGGAUCUUUAAAGCUCAAAUUUCUCUCUGUCUGUGAAAAUCAGGAGUUUCUGAAUCGUCCGAUGUGAAUUUAUUCACUCAAAGUGCCAAAUUUGUUGUAAUCUGACGAUUCGGGAAAUGUUACAUCACCAAUACUUCAUCAAUGAACAGAAAUCAAUCUAUAUUACUAAUAUUUUUAUUACUGCUCUGCAUGUAUUUUGUAUUACUUUGCAUUUAAAGCUGCACUUACAAAUAUUUUUAUAUUACUGAUGGAUCAAAUUACUCUGUAAUGUGAGAGUGUUGCUCAUAGUUCAACCCACUGAGAAUCAACACCAACUGUUUUAGCUCCUAGUUUUGGUUUUAUAGCCAAAAAUAUGAGCCAGAUGUUUUUCUUAGGAGUUUGUGGAGACCACAAACAGAGGCCUAGAUUUAUCAGGUGGAGCACAAACAUGACUCCAGAUGAAAGAUCAUGUUGCUCUGUAACUGCUGGAUGUGGAAAUAAGCAAGUUUGUUAGCACUGUAUUUUCUAGCUCAUUCUGCUGCCCCCUGGUGGCCAGAAAUCAAUGAAUGCAGCUUUAACUGUUCAAAGUUAAAUGUGGAUGUUGUCAAAUAUUGAAUUUACUGCAAAGGACAGGAAAUACCUGCGAUAAAAAACAUUUAACAAGAACUUUUUCAGAUGAAUUAAACCUUUAAAUAUGCUCUUGUUCUGUGUAUGAAGCAGCUACUGUACAUGGAGUUAAUGUUUUUUUUCUUAUUGACUGCACUUGUUUCCAGAGGUGGAAAUGUGAUACUCUGCUUGUGACGGCACUUAUUAUAUCUUAAUAAUAGCUUUGUUUAUUCCUCUGUACUGUAUCCGUGUUAGUCUCUGUUAGUUAAACAGCUGUUGUGAAAACUGUAAAAUUAAACCUUAAACGAGGUGGAAGCUAGGUUUUAAUUUGAAAUUGAGACAUAAAGAAGAACGACGGCAUAAAUCAACAAAUUAUGUAUUCAUUAAUGUAUUUUCUUCAGCAGUGUUGAUCGCUGUGUUUCAAUCAGUAAAUUGUCUAAAUAAAUGAACAGUAGUUUGGUAAUCUGGACGAUGGGUAGUUGCCCUUUUCGUCCUUUUGAUGGCGCUGUGUUUUAAGGUUUAAUUUUCACAGUAUUUGACAUAACGUCAGAGUGAAAGUGUUUUAUCUACAUUAAAUGUUUCUCGUCCAUUAAACCCUGUUAAAAAGAUAAA